AUGACGUGUGAGGAAUGUGGGAAUGUUGGCCACAUGGGGAUCAAUUGCCCUGGAACCCAGGAGGACACAUCGUUCAUCAACAAUGGGUUCCGCCAACAACAGCAAGGUCAGGCCAAAAUCAAUGAAAAUCUUGUUAAAAAGCUUUCUGAAAAUGAUCAAAUGGUUGUCAACAUAAAUACAAAGCUUGAUGGCCUGACCCUUUCUGUUAGAGAUCAGCUAACUUUUAAUAAGAAGAUCGAGUUAAAAGUAGCUCAGCUUGCUUCUGCCGCUAAAGCUGUUCUUUCUCCUGAUUCUGUGGAAAAUGUAAAUGCGGUGACCACGAGAGGGGGUAAGACCACUCAUGAUCCCCCUUAUCCUAACCAUAAGACAGGAAGGGUGCCACGGCAACAGGAGGAAACACAGGCAGAAGGGCUGGCUCAACCAUCAAAAGAAUCCAUGGAAGAUGAGCCGACCCCAAACAACUAUGGGGACACCGCGAUGCUACCCUUUCCCACAAGAGAAAGGAGGAAGAAGAAGGACGGAGAUGAACAGUUCCUCCGCUUCGUGGAAAUGGUCGAAAAGACGCACAUUAGUGUAUCGUUGAUGGAUGUCUUGCAUAUUCUGUCCUACUCCAAGUUCAUCAAGGACAUCAUCAACAAGAAGCGACCAUUGCCGUCCACUGAAGUUGUCAAGCUGACAGAAGAAUGUAGCGCAGCUAUACUCAAUGAGCUGCCCGAGAAGAAGCAGGAUCCUGGGUGCCCCACAAUCUCUUGCUCAAUUGGGGCCCAGCAAUUCGACCACGCCCUAUGUUAUUUGGGGGCGAGUGUGAGUGUCAUGCCGAAAUCAGUCUUUGACAAGCUGAACUUCACCAACUUGGAGCCGACACUCCAGUUGGCAGACUCGUCAGUCCGGUACCCGGCAGGGAUUGCUCAAGACAUCACUGUCAAGAUUAGAGGAUACUAUGUUCUAGUGGAUUUUGUGGUGCUCAACAUGGAGCUCACUAAAGAAACACCACUAAUCCUAGGAAGACCAUUCUUGAGUACGGCUGGAGCACAGAUUGAUGUUGGGGCUGGAGAAAUCCGCUUCAACAUUAAUGGCCAAGAAGAGAAGUUCGAGUUCAGGCCACGCCGUCAACAAGAGUGCAACAUGAUACGCAUCCUCUAUGGGCUAAACCCCCAAGGCAUUAGGUAG